GUUUCUGAGACACACACACACACACACAGAAAGGAACAGGUUACUCGGACCAGCCCGGUGAGAAAGAUGUGAGACUAAACAUUUCCCGGUAGUAACUGCUGUAGACACAGGCUAACACACACGCUUUAUCAGUAUCUGAAGUCUUCAGACUUUGUUCUAGUCUCUAAUUUGAAGCAGAGGAAUGCGAAGAUUAUGUCAGUGAGAGGCAGGUACUGAGACUAGCGCUAAUUACUCUCUCUCUCUCUCUCUCUCUCUCUCUCUCUCUCUCUCUCUCUCUCUCUCUUUCUCUCUCUUUCUCUCUCCGCCCGGUCUCUCUCGUUUUUACUCCCUCCUCCUUGCCAGUGAGGGAGAGAAGCUGGAGAAGUACAAUCACCAGAGACCGAGAAGUGAAACAGUUUAAGACAGAAACCAAAAGAGAAAAAAGAGAAACUUCAACACGUUUUUUUAUCCCUCUGGACUGUCAAACCCUGUGAUAACUGACACAAUAAGGGUUGAAAUACAGAGAGACAAGAUGAAAGUGACUGAUCUCCGGUGCCUUUGAUUGGUUUGAUUCAUCCAACGUAUAGAUUCUCUUUGACAGCUACUGAAGACUGCAGAACAAAAAAAAGUGGGAGUGAAUGGGGGAAAGAUCUGUUUGGGUAUAAGUAUUCUUCCAAAUAUCUUUCUCUGUGUUCAUCAGAACAAAGACAUUUAUACAGAUUUGGAACAACUCGAAGACUCCAAUCCUGAUUGGAUGCUUAUUUCAGAAUGACAGCAGAAGACUCCGCCUCUGCCGUUGCUAUGAGUAACCCUAGUCCUUCCUCAACUUCCAACGAUCCCUCUGGGUAUUCUCAGCAUCACUGCGCCAUCCCAGAGGGCGUGGCCGGGGCCCCCAAUGAAGCUGCACUUUUGACCUUGAUGGAGCGGACCGGCUACGGAAUGGUGCAAGAAAACGGACAGCGCAAAUAUGGCCCGCCCCCUGGCUGGCAAGGCCAAUCCCCACCACGUGGCUGUGAAAUAUUUGUGGGUAAAAUCCCACGCGACGUUUAUGAAGACGAGCUGGUGCCAGCAUUUGAGUCUGUUGGACGGAUCUAUGAGAUGCGUCUAAUGAUGGACUUUGAUGGAAAGAACCGUGGCUACGCGUUCGUCAUGUACACGCAGAAGCACGAGGCUAAGCGAGCUGUUCGGGACCUCAAUAACUAUGAAAUCCGUCCAGGAAGGUUGCUCGGGGUUUGCUCUAGUGUAGAUAACUGCCGACUCUUCAUUGGUGGAAUCCCAAAAACCAAGAAACGAGAGGAAAUCCUGGAGGAGGUUUCCAAGGUGACGGAAGGGGUGUUGGAUGUGAUCGUGUAUGCUAGCGCGGCGGACAAGAUGAAGAAUCGUGGGUUUGCCUUUGUAGAGUAUGAGUCGCACCGUGCUGCUGCUAUGGCCAGAAGAAAGCUCAUGCCAGGACGAAUUCAGCUCUGGGGGCACCAGAUUGCAGUUGAUUGGGCAGAACCUGAGAUUGACGUUGACGAGGACGUUAUGGAAACAGUAAAGAUUCUAUAUGUACGGAACCUGAUGAUAGAGACCAGCGAGGAGACUCUGCGGCAGACCUUCAGCCAAUACAACCCUGGUUGCGUGGAACGUGUCAAAAAAAUUCGAGACUACGCCUUUGUUCACUUUGCCAGUCGGGAUGAUGCCGUGGUUGCCAUGGACAACCUGAAUGGCACGGAGAUCGAAGGCUCCCGGAUCGAAGUGACCCUGGCCAAGCCUGUAGAUAAGGAGCAGUACACUCGCUAUCAGAAGGCGUCGAAAGGGUCAGUGGCCGUGACAACUGCCGACAGCCCCCAACACCAACAAAGUUAUGUGUAUCAGUGUGACCCGUACACGUUAGCCUACUAUGGUUAUCCGUACAACACACUCAUCGGACCCAACCGAGACUACUUCAUCAAAGCAGGUACUGUAAGAGGCCGCGGUCGUGCCGGGGCUGGUAACAGGGGCCCAGGGCCUCGCGGCUCCUACCUUGGUGGCUAUUCAGCUGGCCGAGGAAUUUACAGUCGCUACCAUGACGGAAAAGGCAAACUGCUGGACAGACCUUACGAGCUCAUGACCAAUCUAGAGCUGGCAGCUGUGAACCCAGUGGGCAUCAAGCCUGGCACAAUGGGUCUUCCAGCUCUCGGUGCGCAAUACCCUGCAAUUUAUUCUGCUGCUCCAGCGACUAAAUUAAUGGAGGAGGGGAAGAUGCAUCCAGUGGAGCACAUUAUAAAUCCUCUGGCCCUCCAGCAUGACCCCACGGCCCAAGCCACUGCUGCUGGCAUUCCUACUGUCUCCACACCUCCUCCUUUCCAGGGUCGUCCUAUAACUCCAGUCUAUGCCAUGGCUCAUAACGUCCAGAGGAUCCCAGCCACUGCCGCCGGUCUGUACGGGGCUGGAUACAUGCCCAUAGCCACCCACGCCAACACUGCCACUCUUGCAGCGUUGCAGAAGAACGCCGCUGUGGCAGCCGCAGCCUACGGAGGAUACGCCGGGUACGUGCAUCAUGCCUUCCCCACUGCGGCCACCUUCCAGAUGCCCAUUCACGAUAUAUACCAGACCUACUGAGACACCCGCGGCAUCAGUCAAACACACACACCACAUCAGCACAGACCAUUAGACGUUCACGCUUCAUCGAUGAGCCCCACCGGCUAAUCGAAUCACGCAGAACGAAAUUGACGCACUCACAACAAAACUAAUUGAUUCGGACUCGCGCUGCUCCCUGGCAGACUUUAAGGUUCCUUGGGGGGAGCACGGAUGUAAAUUUCACUGCUCAGUGAUUUUUCAGAUUCGUCCGCUAAAUUUACUCCAAGCCACUGACCUGUGCUCGCAGACACCUUGACAUUCGUCAAACUCUGGCCUACAUUUAGUAAUCCAGACACAUGACGCUGGAAUUCUAAUCUACUGAUUUAAACCAAAACUACUAAUGCUACAUGCUACUGAUCAGCUUAUCAAGACGCCUAAAUCCAUUUUCAUCUCCGACUGAGGGACUUUAAUCCCUUUGUGUUAUACUUGUACGUGGACUCGGAUUCCCGCAAUGUGACAAGAGCUCCACCCAUUUUUUUUUCCAAGUCCAGCCGUCAUUUGCCGUUGACCAGACUCGCUCUGAUUCAUAAGCCAUGACCCGAAUGAACGACAACUGAAAUUUCUCCUCUCACACAUUCCUUAUUCAAAGCAGUUUGACACUGUAUUGUUUUAUUAUGUGUUUUUAACAACCCUGCUUAUUAGUCGAUCAUCACUGUGUACUUGAUAAAGCGGACUGACCGUAAGUGAUAUGUUGGUGUGUUCGUAUGAAGAAAUCACUCGCAGAAUCACACCUGCUGACAUAUCAUCGUCUUCCCCACACACUCCAGCUGAUGAUGGCCAUCGUACAGCAAACACUCCUUUACUUAAGGAGAAUACUGAAGGAACGUUGUGGUAUUUCCGGACUUUGAAAAAGUGUAUUUAAUGCCACUCAUUUAUUGCCUUUGUUGCGAUUUUAUUUUGUGAAGAUAUAUAGACACAAAACGAUACUGUAAAAAGAACAAAAAACAUGUUUUGAACUGCUGAGCAGGAUUGUCAACAACCACAGUAGUAGAAGAUUGUUUCAUGAAAAUGUUUAUGUUUUUUGAGUUUAUAACAUAUUUGCGAAGUGUGUUGCGAUCUUCCGUCCAUCGGAUUUCCUACCUGUCGAGUCUAACACCUGCUUCAUUUGAUCUCCUUUACAGUUUCGCGGCAUGGUUCGCUCAUGCUUUUUUAUAUUUCGAUUGUUUUAAAGAUUUUAUGUUGUUUUUAGUGUUGUGAGGACUUUUCUUUUCUAAGCUGGAAGACACAAUGUAAUGGACCUGUAAUGACUUAAAGUGAUGAAAAUUCUGUCAUCAUUUACUCACCCUCUUGUCAUUUCAAACCUGUAUGAAUUACCUUUUUCUGCAGAACACAAAAUAAGAUAUUUUGAAGAAAGAUUAUAACCGAACAGCAGCGCCACCCAUUCACUUCUAUUGUACAGACACAAACCGAGUAAAUGUGUGCCAGUCAGUGUUGGGUAAAUUACUCUGAAAAAGUAAUUAAUUACUAGUUACUAAUUACAUAUUCAAUAGUGUAAUUAGAUUUCUGUACAAAUUACUCUCUCCAAAAAGUAUUUAGUUACUUAUUACUAAUUACUUUCUAUAUCCUAUAUCAACCUUGAUUAGUUAAGUGAUUCAAGGGUAGGCAUGAAACGGCUCUUUUAAUUCAUUCAAAUAAAUAAUAUAAACUACAUAAAGUACUCUUAUUUACUGACCAAAGUAUUACAAAUGUGAGAAUUAUACAUUAAAGCAUUCAUUUUAAAGUUAGACUUUGAAUUUUGAUGUUAAUUCCACUAUUGCACACACAUAUAUUACACAAAGUAUUUAGUUUAAUUACAUCAGAAGUAACUAAUUAAAUUACAGAAAAAAUAAGAGUAAUCCCUUACUUUACCUUUUCAAGGGGAAAGUAAUUAAAUUACAGUAACUAAUUACUUAGUAACUAGUUACACCCAACACUGGUGCCAGUUAACAAAAUUCUUCAAAAUAUCUUCUUUUGUGUCCUGCGGAAGAAAUAAAAUCAUACAGGUUUGAAGUGAUAAGAGGGUGAGUAAAUGAUGACUGAAUUUUGGGGUGAACUAUCACUUUAAAGACUAAUGACUAAAAGCAACCAUUCAUAAAACAACACACCCAAGUUUGCCUGCAUUCUACACGGCUACAUCGAUUUUAUAUCGUUCAGUUCAGAGAAUGUUUGAAGAAAUUGGUAACAAUUUACCAUAAGGUUGUCCCAGUUAACAUUAGUUAAUUCAUUAGCUAACAUGAACUAACAAUGAAUAAUUAUACAACAUUUAUUCAUCGUAGUUCAUGUUUAUUUCAGCAUUUACUAAAACAUUAGUUAAUCCACCAUGAACUAACAUGAACAAUUGUAUUGGCAUUAACUAAUAUUAACAAAAAGUAAUAAUAAAUUGCUAAUUCAUGUUGGUUAAUGCAUUUCUUUUAACUAAUGUUAACAAAUACAACCUUAUUUAUUGAUACUUUUAAUUAAAGAAACCAAGAAUAAAAGUAUAAGGUAGUUUAUUGAUUACUAUUGGUUGUAUUUGUUGGUUAUGAGUUAAAGACUGAACUGUGCAUAAUGCAGAACUAACUGCAGUAUUUCACAUAACAACGGACUCAGUAAUGUUAACAAUGUAUAUUAAUGUGGUCUUGAGUUCAAGCGAAGUCGACACGCUAAAAGUCUUCAGUGCUCUACUUCCAAUAAAAAUAUAGUACAGCUGCCCUACGUUCUCCUAAAGUUGACUGUACUGCUGUGCACUUAAACAUUUUUGGGGUGUUAGAAGUUUUUUUUUUUUUGCUGUGUAUGAAUGUGUCUUGUCUGUGUGUGUAAGAAGUGAUGAGUAGGCACUUUGGUCUUUUUAGGAGUAUUUCAAGACUCCAUUAACUGGAUUAAACUGGACCAAACUAAAAGCAGGGAGCCUUUCGUAGACUGUAUAUCCUCCUUAAAAUUGCUGUAUGUCACCACGAAGCCUUCUGACGAGCUCGACACAUGUGUGCCUUUAUUCAGAUCGCUGUCUGACAAGUGACAUCUUAAACACUGUUUUACCACAGUGCCUCUCCUCCCUCAUCAUUUAUGAAGUUUUUUCGUGUGUGUUAUAUCUUAUUGUUUUGGGGGCUCUGAGUGUUAGUUUUGCUGCUUUAUGUUGUAUUUUGCUUUUAUGUGUUAAGAACAGAGAUAUUAAGUAUAGCCUUUGUUUAGAAGAGACUGAGUUAAAUGUUGUUGGGGAAAGCGCAACCAAACAACGAAUGACAAUCCAGAGUUCACAGUCUACACAAUACACACCAUCUAAGCUAAGAGCCUUCUUAUUCUCACACACAGUCAUUGAGGAUAAUGUUUCUCAAUCACGCCACAUGUGUUUGUCGUGGUAGGACUGUGUGUUGGUCAGAAAAGUGAACAUCCCCAGUAGUCGUGUUUCUCUUUCUACUAAAAUCUUUUAUUAUGAGUAAACAGUCAGGAUAUAUUUAAUAUAUACAGUACAUUGUUUUUGUUUAUGAAGUAAGAGGAAAUGCUAUAAUAUAUUUUUAAGAAGACUUUUUCCAUCUCUUUAUAUGUGCUGGUUUAACAACAACAGCAAAACCAUGCUUUUUUGUAUUUGCCAAAGUGUUCAAUGAGAUGUGAACUACUGCAAGAGUGUAUUUUGUGUGUUUAGAAAUACACAAGUGAAUACUUGUGAACCCAAAUUGAUUAUGCAUUUAUUGGCAGAACGUGCUUUCUUUUGCUAUCAUUUCAUAAACACUACAUGUGUAGCGUUUCCCCCCUUGUUGUUACUAAAAAAACAACUGAACAAGACAAGGUGACCUCGGGAGAGGACAUUUAGAUCGUCGAAUAUUAUUGCCAAAAUAUCUUUCCUUUUUUAGAUCUACUUAGUACUGUUUUCUAUCUUGUUGUUUAAAGCUUUUUUGGCAUUGUUGUAUUUAUAGUGGUAGUUUAAUAAAGCAUUUUCAAAAAGGAAAGUCAAAU